AUGCUAGGACGGCGUGUUUCGGUUGGACAAGGCAACUCACGUACACGCAAGAUUCGCACCCAUAGAGAGCGAAAGAGCGAGAGAGAGAGAGAGCGACGAGACUUGGCAGCAGACUCGUUUUGCCCACUCCGACAUCGGUCACUCGAGCUUUCACACCUAAGCCUCCGCUUAAAAGGAAUGACGUCAGGACAUGCUGUAAUCAACGAAGGCCAGAGACAGCGAAGGCAAGGUCCCUUUAGAAAAUUAAAAGCUCCGACAAUUCCCAAGGUCAACUGUCCCAGAAACAAGUGUUGUAAUUGGUUUCGGAAGCCUGACAAUGUUCAGCUGAUUCUGACAAUCUCGGCUGUAGCACUUGGUCUCGUGAUCGGCAUCGUAAUAAAAUUUGCCCAUCCAAAUGUCAGCCGUCGCACGGUAGAUUUGGUAGCUUUUCCCGGAACCCUGCUCAUGAAUAUGCUCAAAAUGCUGAUCAUUCCUCUCAUUACAUCGAGUCUCAUUUCGGGUCUAGCGAAUUUGGACACGAGAUCAUGUGGCAAAAUUGGUACCUACGCGUUGAUAUACUACUUUACUACCACUCUGAUGGCGGUCAUUUUGGGCAUUGUUCUUGUGGUUGCCAUUCAUCCGGGAAAUCCAGCUAUCAAGGAGAGCCACGUCGCUUCCACCACAUCCUCAAAAACCAGCCCUCACACACUGGAUGCUUUCCUUGACCUCUUUAGAAAUAUGUUUCCGGAGAAUAUCAUUCAAGCCUGUACGAAGCAAAUCUCUAGCCAAAUGAAGAACGUUACCAUACAGGCGAAAAUUCAAGAGGCAAGUGUCUGCAAAGGCAACACAACAGUAAUCAAAGAAUUUGUGGAGGAAAUUGCAACGGCAACUUUUAUCGACAACACUAACGUCCUCGGCUUGGUCACCUUCUCAGUAGCUUUUGGCCUUGGCAUCGCCAGUAUGGGAAAGCAGGGUCGUCUCAUGCUGGAUUUCUUCAUUAUCAUGAAUGAAAUCGUUAUGCGUCUUGUUCGUAUUAUUAUGUGGUAUGCUCCAAUUGGCAUCAUUUUCCUCAUUAUUGGUCAGAUAAUUGCCAUAGAUGAUCUAAUGAGCACAGUCACCGGCUUGGGUCUCUACAUGCUGACAGUUAUUACUGGUCUAGCAGUUCAUCUCUUUCUCACGCUCAUGCUGAUGUACUUUAUCAUCUGUCACAAAAAUCCCCUCCUCUAUAUGCAAGGGCUCUUCCAGGCCUUCUUUAUGGCUCUUGGAACUGGAUCUAGCUCGGCUACCCUGCCCGUCACAUUCAAAUGUCUAGAAGGAAAUUUGGGCAUUGAUGCCCGAGUGACUCGCUUUGUUCUCCCGAUCGGUGCUACAGUCAACAUGGAUGGUACCGCUCUCUACGAAGCCGUUGCUUGCAUCUUCAUCGCCCAGAUCAAUGAGUAUGCUCUCUCCGUCGGUCAGCUCGUUACUAUUAGCAUAACUGCCACAUUAGCUGCCAUUGGAGCUGCUGCAGUGCCGAGCGCCGGUCUGGUUACCAUGGUGAUGGUGCUCACUUCCGUUGGUCUUCCAAUCAACGAUAUUGCACUCAUCUUUGCUGUUGACUGGAUGCUGGAUCGAAUUCGUACCUCCAUCAACGUGAUGGGCGAUGCGUUUGGCGCUGGCAUAGUGGCUCACCUCUGUCGUGAGCAGCUUCGAGUGCCGCCGAAGCGUCUCAACAGUGUCAGCGUUACAGUGCCACAUACAAAGUGGAGCAGCAAUCAGGAGGACAGUGGCGACGAGUGCGAGGGCGAGGACAGUAACCACCAAGACAUCUCGAUGGAACUUGUGGAAGCCGCUUUGACACAGAGAGAGUAA